AUGAGGGGGAGUUCGGUGGGGUUGUGCUUCCUUGCUUUGACUAUAGCCCAUGUCACUGAGAUCCAAGCCAGAUUGGUCCGCAACCAUGUGAGCAGCAUCUGUAGCACAUGGGGCCGUGAGCACUUCAAGACGUUUGAUGGUGAUGUGUACCAGUUUCCCGGUAUGUGUGAGUACAAGCUGGUCUCCGACUGCCAUGACACCUUCCCAGAGUUCUCUGUGCACAUGAAGAGGAAUGAAAACAAUGGAAACCCGACAGUCAGUUAUGUGGUGGUCACCAUCAUCGAUUUUGCAUUUCACCUCAGCAAGGAUGUGGUCACUGUGAACGACCUGCCUGUCAAACUGCCACACUACGAGGCCGGAGUACAAGUGGAAAGAAAUGCAGUCUACAUCAAGCUCCAGUCCAAAGUUGGCAUCAUUGUCAUGUGGAACCUUGAUGAUGCAGUCAUGGUGGAAAUUGAUAAUGAUUACACUAACCGCACUUGUGGACUUUGUGGAGAUUUUAACGGUGUUCCAGUUUACAACGAGUUCCUCCUUGAUGGUCGGAAAAUCAGCCCCAUUGAGUUUGGCAACAUACAUAAAGUCCAUCGUCCAAAUGAUGAUUGUGAGGACCCAUAUGAAGAGGAAGAUGUCUCACAGGAAGCUAUGAAUGUGCCAGAGUCAUGCAAAGAGUUUCAAAACACCUGUGAAGAGAUGCUGCAUGCAGAAACCUGGAGCUCCUGUACCAAACUGAUUGACCCCGAGCCUUACAUUCAGGCCUGUGUGCAGGACAUGUGUGGCUGCACCAACCAUUCAGAUGACUUUUGUGUCUGCAGCACACUCUCUGAGUUCUCUCGACAGUGUUCCCAUGCAGGAGGGGAGCCUCCCAACUGGAGGACUUCUGAGUUCUGUGCCAAACAGUGCCCAUUCAACAUGGUUUAUGAAGAGAGUGGAUCCCCUUGUGUGGAUACCUGCACGCAUCAAGACACAAGCUCAUUCUGUGAGGACCACAAAAUGGACGGCUGCUUCUGUCCUCCUGGAACCGUGUUCGAUGACAUUUCCAUGAGGGGGUGUAUUGCUCAGUCUGAAUGCCAGUGCAAGCAUGGAAAAAUCUAUGAAUCUGGUGAAGUUUACAGACAGGAGCGAGAGGAAUGCACGUGUUUUGAAGGUAGAUGGGCUUGUGAAAGUCUUUCAACACCUUCUACGUGUGCGGUUGAAGAAGGUUCACAUGUAACCACCUUUGAUGGGAAAGACUUCACCUUCCAUGGAGACUGUUACUACACCCUGGCAAAGGUGGAAAGAAAGGAUGAUGCAAGCCCUGCGUUUACCAUUCUGGUCAAACUGGUACCAUGUGCACACCAAGAGUAUGACACCUGUCUGAAGACCAUCAAAAUCCUGCUGAACAAUGACAGACACAAUGUGUUAACAUUCACUGCUGAUGGCGCAGUAAAGCAGAAUAUGCAGAGUAUCAGUUUGCCGUACUUCUCAGGGGAUAUCAGUAUAUUCCACGCUUCGUCCUUUCACAUCAUCCUCCAGACCAGUUUUGGUUUGCAAAUUCAGAUCCAACAUGUGCCUCUCAUGCAAGUCUAUGUCAGCCUGGAGCAGAGCUACAGAGAAAAGACACGUGGUUUAUGUGGGAACUACAACAUGGUCCUGUCUGAUGACAUGAACACUCGUCAGGGCAUUGUGGAGGGAAGUGCAGCAGCUUUCAGUAACUCCUGGAAGGCUAGCCAUAUAUGCCAAGACAGAGAAGACAGACUCGAUGACCCUUGUUCUUUCAGCGUGGAAAAUGAAAAGUAUGCCAAUCACUGGUGCGCCUUGCUACGACAGCCAAAUAGCACCUUUGCAGAGUGCCAUUCUGUAGUGGAUCCUGAGAUUUACUACAAGCGAUGUACUUAUGCUAGCUGUAACUGUGAGAAGAGUGAGGACUGCCUGUGUGCUGUCUUCUCCUCCUACACAAGAGCUUGUGCAUCAAAGGGAGUGUUCUUGACAGACUGGAGAGAGAAUGUGUGCGAAAAAUACACCAAGAACUGCCCAGCAUCUCAGACCUUCUCUUACAAAAAUCAGAGAUGCCAGCUGACUUGCAGCUCAUUGAGCUUAAAGCAGCAGAGCUGCACCUCUGAUUUCUUGCCUGUGGAUGGCUGUUCCUGCGCUGAGGGUCACUACCUAGAUGACAACGGCAUCUGUGUCCCAGUGGCAAAGUGUCCCUGUUACCAUAAUGAAGUCUACGUAAAGUCAGCAUAUGCACCAACGGAGUUCUUCAUUGCCAUUCUGGGAGAACCCGCAUGUCAAGAUGCCACAGAGUGUGAAUCUGGUUGUCGGUGUCCCAGUGGCCUCCUUGAUGAUGGUAAAGGUUUCUGUGUGAAAGAAAGUGACUGUCCAUGCAAACAUGAUGGCCAUCUCUAUGUCUCCGGGACACAAAUACCUAAUCAGUGCAACACCUGUACCUGCCAAAGUGGAAAAUGGACAUGCUCUGAGAAAAAAUGUCCAGGAACUUGCAUUAUUUAUGGAAGUGGUCACUACACCACAUUUGAUCAGAAAACAUAUGCAUUUCAAGGACAGUGUGGCUAUAUUGCUGUAAAGAACAACUGUGGCAAUAAAACGGUGCACAACAGCUUUGGAGUUAUCACUGAAAAUGUACCUUGUGGCUCUACGGGCACCACCUGCUCUAAAAAAGUCAGAAUUCAACUGGGGAGAAAUGAAAUUAAACUAUCAAGGGGAAGAGUUGAAGAGGGUGAUCUGGGACAUGGACCUGAGAUCAAGUACAAGAUAAGGAAUGUUGGCUUGUAUGUGGUUGUAGAAUCUGAGAUUGGGAUGGCAGUGAUGUGGGAUCGCAAAACAGCUGUUCGGAUCCUGCUUGAACCAACGCACAACGGAGAGGUGUGUGGCCUGUGUGGUAAUUUCGAUGGUGAUGGACAGAAUGACUACACCACUCAGGGUCAGCUGGUGGUGAGCAAUCCACUUGAGUUUGCAAACAGCUGGAAAGUGUCUAGCUCUUGUCCAGAUGCGGAGGUGAACAUUGAUCCGUGCGCAGUAACACCCGGUCGACAUCAGUGGGCAAAAUUGAUGUGUAGCAUCAUAAUUGGAGAAACAUUUAAAGAAUGCCACAAAAAGGUUAGCCCUUUUCCAUUUUAUGAAAACUGCGUAAAAGACUCAUGUGCCUGCGACACUGGAGGAGACUGUGAAUGUUUCUGCACAGCAGUUGCAGCUUACGCUCAGGCUUGCAAUGAGCAUGAUGUUUGCAUUGCAUGGAGAACUCCAGAGAUCUGUCCUGUCUAUUGUGAUUACUACAACGACCCAUUUAUAUGCACGUGGCACUAUAACCCUUGCCACUCUCCAUGCUACAAGACCUGUUUGAAUCCAGAAGGUGUAUGUUUGAAUCCGAUACCCACCCUGGAAGGCUGUUACCCUGUAUGCCCAGAAGAUAAGCCCAUAUUUGAUGCCAACUACGACAAUACCUCCAACUACCACAACUACACCUACUACAACAACUACGACUACACCUACUACAACUACACCUCCUACAACUACAACCACUCCUACUACUACAACUACACCAACACCUCCUACUACAACAACUACGACUACACCUCCUACAACAACAACCACUCCUCCUACAACAACUACACCAACACCUCCUACUACAACAACUACGACUACACCUCCUACAACAACAACCACUCCUACUACUACAACAACACCAACACCCCCUACUACAACAACUACGACUACACCUCCUACAACAACAACCACUCCUCCUACUACAACUACACCCACACCUCCAACUACCACAAGUACACCUCCUACAACUACAACCACUCCUACUACUACAACUACACCAACACCUCCUACUACAACAACUACGACUACACCUCCUACAACAACAACCACUCCUCCUACAACAACUACACCAACACAUCCUACUACAACAACUACGACUACACCUACUACAACUACUCCUCCUACUACAACUACACCUACACCCCCGACUACCACAAGUACAACCACAAUCUCAUCGACUACUUGCAUUCCAAGUACCACAUAGUAGAGGAUCAGACUAGACCUCCAAGAAAGUGCUAUGACUAUGAGAUAAGGGUAUAUUGUUGUAAGAUAUGUUCAACAACCACAUCUCCUAGUACCACGACUACAUCAACACCUCCGACUACCACAACUACACCUCCCACUACAACUACAACUACACCUCCAACAACCACAACUACACCUCCGACUACCACAACUACACCUCCUACUACUACAACCACUCCUCCUACAACAACUACAACCACACCUCCGACAACCACAACUACACCUCCUCCUCCUACAACAACCACAACUACACCUCCUACAACUACAACCACACCUCCGACAACCACAACUACACCUCCUACAACUACAACCACUCCUCCUACAACAACUACAACCACAACUACAUCUCCUACUACUACAACCACUCCUCCCACUACAACUACAACCACACCUCCGACAACCACAACUACACCUCCUACAACUACAACCACUCCUCCCACUACAACUACAACCACACCUCCGACAACCACAACUACACCUCCUACUACUACAACCACUCCUCCUACAACAACUACAACCACACCUCCAACUACCACAACUACACCUUCCACUACAACCACACCUCCGACUACCACUACUACAACCACUCCUCCUACAACAACUACAACUACUCCUCCUACAACAACAACCACUCCUCCGACUACCACAACUACACCAACACCUCCUACUACAACAACUACGACUACACCUCCUACAACAACAACCACUCCUCCUACAACUACAACUACUCCUCCUACAACUACAACUACUCCUCCUACAACAACUACGACUACACCUCCGACAACCACAAGUACAACUACAGCCACACCUUCAACUACCACAAGUACACCUCCUACUACAACAACUACAACUACACCUACUACAACUACUCCUCCUACUACAACUACACCUACACCUCCGACUACCACAAGUACAACUACACCUUCUACAACUACUCCUCCUACAACAACAACCACUCCUCCGACUACCACAACUACACCUACACCUCCUACUACAACAACUACGACUACACCUCCUACAACUACAACUACUCCUCCUACAACAACAACCACUCCGCCUACAACAACUACACCAACACCUCCUACUACAACAACUACAACAACACCUCCUACUACAACAACUACAACUACACCUCCUACAACUACUCCUCCUACAACAACAACCACUCCUCCGACUACCACAACUACACCAACACCCCCUACUACAACAACUACGACUACACCUCCUACAACAACAACCACUCCUCCUACAACUACAACUACCACUCCUACAACUACAACAACCACUCCUACUACAACAACUACGACUACACCUCCGACAACCACAAGUACAACUACAGCCACACCUUCAACUACCACAAGUACACCUCCUACUACAACAACUACGACUACACCUACUACAACUACUCCUCCUACUACAACUACACCUACACCUCCGACUACCACAAGUACAACCACAAUCUCAUCGACUACUUGCAUUCCAAGUACCACAUGUGCGUGGUCAGACUGGUAUGAUGUGGAUGAUCCAACGGACAAAAGUGAUUGGGAAACAUACAAAAACAUCACAGAUAGCGGUCUUCAAAUAUGUGAAGAUAUUCAAGACAUUGAGUGUAGAGCGGUACUAUACCCGGACAAAACCUUUGAUGACUUUGUGACUGAAACUGGCCAAGUUGUUAGUUGUGAUCAGGACACUGGUUUAAUAUGUAGAGUAGAGGAUCAGACUAGACCUCCAAGAAAGUGCUAUGACUAUGAGAUAAGGGUAUAUUGUUGUAAGAUAUGUUCAACAACCACAUCCCCUAGUACCACGACUACAUCAACACCUCCGACUACCACAACUACACCUCCCACUACAACUACAACUACACCUCCGACAACCACAACUACACCUCCUACUACAACAACUACGACUACACCUCCUACUACAACUACGACUACACCUCCUACAACAACCACUCCUCCUACUACAACUACAACCACACCUCCGACUACCACAACUACACCUCCCACUACAACAACUACACCUCCUACAACUACAACCACUCCUCCUACAACAACUACAACCACACCUCCGACUACCACAACUACACCUCCCACUACAACAACUACACCUCCUACUACUACAACCACUCCUCCUACUACAACUACACCAACGCCUCCAACUACCACAACUACACCUCCUACUACAACAACUACGACUACACCUCCUACAACUACAACUACUCCUUCUACAACAACCACAACUACACCUCCUACAACUACAACUACUCCUCCUACUACAACUACACCUCCUACAACUACAACCACUCCUCCUACAACAACUACACCAACACCUCCUACUACAACUACCACAACUACACCUCCUACUACAACUACUACACCAACACCUCCUACAACAACAACCACUCCUCCUACAACAACCACAACUACUUCUCCUACUACAACAACUACGACUACACCUCCUACAACAACAACCACUCCUCCUACUACAACUACACCUCCUACAACUACAACCACUCCUACCACUACAACUACACCAACACCUCCUACUACAACAACUACGACUACACCUCCUACAACAACAACCACUCCUCCUACUACAACUACACCAACGCCUCCAACUACCACAACUACACCUCCUACUACAACAAGUACAACUACACCUCCUACUACAACAACCACAACUACACCUCCUACUACAACAACUACAACCACACCUCCUACAACUACAACUACAACCACACCUCCUACAACUACAACUACUUCUCCUACUACGACAACUACACCUCCUACAACUACAACCACUCCUCCUACAACAACUACAACCACUCCUCCCACUACAACUACGACUACACCUCCUACAACUACAACUACUCCUUCUACAACAACAACCACUCCUCCUACAACAACCACAACCACACCUCCUACAACUACAACUACUCCUCCUACUACAACUACACCUCCUACAACUACAACCACUCCUACUACUACAACUACACCAACACCUCCUACUACAACAACUACGACUACACCUCCUACAACAACAACAACGACUCCUACUACUAUAACUACACCAACACCCCCUACUACAACAACUACGACUACACCUCCUACAACAACAACCACUCCUCCUACUACAACUACACCAACGCCUCCAACUACCACAACUACACCUCCUACAACUACAACUACUCCUCCUACUACAACUACACCUCCUACAACUACAACCACUCCUCCUACAACAACUACACCAACACCUCCUACUACAACAACUACGACUACACCUCCUACAACAACAACCACUCCUCCUACAACAACUACACCAACGCCACCAACUACCACAACUACACCGCCUACUACAACAACUACAACCUCACCUCCGACUACCACAACUACACCUCCUACCACAACAACUACAACUACACCUCCUACAACUACAACUACCCCUCCUACUACAACUACACCUCCUACAACUACAACCACUCCUACUACUACAACUACACCAACACCUCCUACUACAACAACUACGACUACACCUCCUACAACAACAACCACUCCUCCGACAACAACUACACCAACACCUCCUACUACUACAACUACACCAACACCUCCUACUACAACAACUACGACUACACCUCCUACAACUACAACCACUCCUACUACUACAACUACACCAACACCUCCUACUACAACAACUACGACUACACCUCCUACAACAACAACCACUCCUCCUACUACAACUACACCAACGCCUCCAACUACCACAAGUACACCUCCUACUACGACAACUACAACCUCACCUCCGACAACAACUACAACAACGCCUCCUACUACGACAACUACAACUACACCUCCUACAACUACAACUACUCCUCCUACUACAACUACACCUCCUACAACUACAACCACUCCUACUACUACAACUACACCAACACCUCCUACUACAACAACUACGACUACACCUCCUACAACAACAACAACGACUCCUACUACUAUAACUACACCAACACCCCCUACUACAACAACUACGACUACACCUCCUACAACAACAACCACUCCUCCUACUACAACUACACCAACGCCUCCAACUACCACAACUACACCUCCUACAACUACAACUACUCCUCCUACUACAACUACACCUCCUACAACUACAACCACUCCUCCUACAACAACUACACCAACACCUCCUACUACAACAACUACGACUACACCUCCUACAACAACAACCACUCCUCCUACAACAACUACACCAACGCCACCAACUACCACAACUACACCGCCUACUACAACAACUACAACCUCACCUCCGACUACCACAACUACACCUCCUACCACAACAACUACAACUACACCUCCUACAACUACAACUACCCCUCCUACUACAACUACACCUCCUACAACUACAACCACUCCUACUACUACAACUACACCAACACCUCCUACUACAACAACUACGACUACACCUCCUACAACAACAACCACUCCUCCGACAACAACUACACCAACACCUCCUACUACUACAACUACACCAACACCUCCUACUACAACAACUACGACUACACCUCCUACAACUACAACCACUCCUACUACUACAACUACACCAACACCUCCUACUACAACAACUACGACUACACCUCCUACAACAACAACCACUCCUCCUACUACAACUACACCAACGCCUCCAACUACCACAAGUACACCUCCUACUACGACAACUACAACCUCACCUCCGACAACAACUACAACAACACCUCCUACUACGACAACUACAACUACACCUCCUACAACUACAACUACUCCUCCUACUACAACUACACCUCCUACAACUACAACCACUCCUACUACUACAACUACACCAACACCUCCUACUACAACAACUACGACUACACCUCCUACAACAACAACCACUCCUCCGACAACAACUACACCAACACCUCCUACUACUACAACUACGACUACACCUCCUACAACAACAACCACUCCUCCUACUACAACUACACCAACACCUCCAACUACCACAGCUACACCUCCUACUACAACAUCUACAGCCACACCUCCUACUACAACUCCUCCACCAGACUGCCCUGAUUGGGGUGUCUCACAAAAUGAGACCUUCUAUUUGUGCAACUGCACCAUGGCCAGAUGCAUAGAGAACAACAUAAUAGAAAUUAUUCCAUAUGAAUGUCCACCUCUUCAAAACAUAACUUGCACGAAUGGAAAGAAACCAGUUCUGGUAUAUGACGAGUACUACUGCUGUCAAUAUUAUACUUGCGACUGUGUAUGUGAAGGGUGGGGAGAUCCACAUUACAUCACAUUUGAUGGACUUUACUACAGUUAUCAAGGAAACUGUACUUAUGUUUUGAUGAAAGAGAUCUUACCGAUACAUAACCUGGAGAUUUAUAUUGACAAUGUCUUUUGUGAUCCAACUGAAGAUGUUUCUUGUCCACGAUCGAUAACAGUAUCAUAUGUAUCACAAGUCAUCACACUCAUUAAUCAUAAUCUUAUUGGAGCUGCACAGUUGGAGGCACUGAAAAAUGGAGAAAGUUUGAACCUACCUUAUUCUCAACAAGGUGUUAAGAUCAUGAAUUCAGGUAUUAACCUGAUUUUAGAGAUUCCUCGUCUAAAAGUGGUUGUUACAUUUGGAAUAACUGGCUUCAGUGUAACCCUUCCAUUCCAGUACUUUGGCAAAAACACACAGGGACAUUGUGGAACAUGCAACAAUAAUCAGGCUGAUGACUGCAUGUUGCCUGGAGGUAAGCUGGUGGAAAGCUGUGCAGUGAUGGCUGACUAUUGGCCUGUUGAAGACCUUUACCAGCCCAACUGCCCAACACCACCCGCACUACCUACCAGUGCACCUGAACCACCACCUACCUUAGCUCCAUGCAAACCAGACUCCAUGUGUGACCUACUUAAAACUAGUCUCUUUGCAGAGUGCCAUCCAUUUGUCUCUCCAGAAAAUUUCUACAGAGGUUGUGUUUUUGAUAGCUGUCACGUUUCAAAUCCAACAGUGGAGUGCACAAGUUUACAGACUUAUGCUGCAGCCUGUGCUCAGGCUGGAGUUUGUAUUUACUGGAGGAACCACACCACACUGUGCACUGGUGAAUGCCCAUUAGGCAAAGUUUACAAGCCUUGUGGUCCUGCAGAACAGCCAACCUGUCAAGACGAUCCAAGUGGACCAACUAUGAACUACACUACUGAGGGAUGCUUUUGUCCUGAUGGAAUGAAACUCUUCAACCAGGAGUCUGGAAUAUGUGUUGAAAAAUGUGGAUGUCUUGAUCCUGAGGGCAUUCCUCGUGAGUUCAAUGAAAGAUUUGAGUACAAAUGCCAGGACUGCAUCUGUGAAGAAUCUACGAAGACUGUGACUUGCAAGCCUAAGGUGUGCCCUCCACCGUCAGCCACUACAGACUGCUCUGCUCCUGGGUUUGUCCUUGUCAACCAGACCAGUCCAUCAGACCCCUGCUGUUCUACCUAUGUUUGUCAAUGUCAGCCUAACACCUGCCCAGUCACUAAUAUGAAUUGUCCAAUUGGAUAUAAGCCAGUUGUCAGUGUCCCUGAUGGAAAAUGCUGUGCAGAACAUACAUGUGAACCUAAAAGAGUUUGUGUACACAGAGAAACUGAAUAUCAGCCUGGUUCUUCAGUUCCUGUGAUUGCAUGUCAGGAUUGUACCUGUGCCAAUCAGAUUGACCCCAAAUCUGGUCUAUUAAAAAUAAUUUGUGUGUUUCAACAAUGCAAAGAACACUGUGAACUGGGAUAUGGAUAUGUGGAAAGUGAUUCAGAUGAAUGCUGCGGGAAGUGUGUACAGAAACACUGUGUUGUCAACAUUAAUGGAACCAAACACCUUUUGACUCAAGGAGAAACCUGGUCACCAUCGGAGAAUAAGUGUGAACAUUACACCUGUGUUAAGAAUGGUGAGACUUUAACAGCAAGUCAUUCACAGACUGUCUGCCCACCCUUCCAAGAGAGCAACUGUCAACCUGAAACAAUUCAAACUGCAGCAAAUGGCUGUUGCAAAAUUUGUGUGGAGAAGGAGAAGGGAUGCAAGUUAAUGUCCAUGAAAACCCAUAUUACAUUCAGCGGUUGUCAGUCCUCCCAGGAGGUAGAUAUGCCAUAUUGUGAAGGAUCCUGCAACACUUACACCAUGUACUCUGAAGCAGCAGCAGCUAUGGAGCAUUCCUGCUCAUGCUGUAAGGAGAUAAACUUCAGCAAUCGCACUGUUGACCUGGUCUGCCUGAAUGGAGACACGGUCCCCUACACAUACAUGUAUGUGGAACAGUGUGGGUGUACCAAGACGGACUGCACCACAGCUCGACAUCAUGUUCGCAGGAAGAGAAGCUUCACACUGCUGUGAUGAAACAGUCCGUCUCUUCACAGAUGUGACAUUUAAAUGUUUCUUCCCAUAUUUUCUUAAAAAUCAUUAUAUAUCUUACAAAGUAAUUGGUAUUGUAGUUUGAGUAUUUAUCUGCUGAUCAAAAUUAAAAAGA